UCUUCAGCUUCGCACUGAGCUGCCCAGCCCCAGCCCCGGGAGGCUGUUGGGGACAGAGGGAGGAAGAAGUCCGGAAGGCUGCCCAGGGUCAGUGGGGGGAGAGAAGGAGGAAGAAGGGAGGAGGAAGAGGAGGAAAAUAGGGAAGGGAGGGAGAGGAGGAGGAGAAAGAGGAAGAAGAGAAGGAGGAACUUCAGGGCUGGUGCCAGUCCUGAGCAGGAGCCAACACCUCUCACCCAGUGGGCUCCAGGCACUAUGUGGCUGAACUUCUUGUUGGCUGCCUUGCUACUGGCAGGCCCAGGAGCCUUGAGUGCCCGGAGUGGUCGAAGUCGCCGGGAGUUGGCACCAGGCCUACACUCCAGGGGCAUCCGGGAUGCAGGUGGCUCCUACUGUCAGGCACAAGACCUCUGCUGCAAAGGCCGGGAGGAUGACUGCAGCUUGCCCUACAUGGGCACCCUCUGCUACUGUGAUCUCUUCUGUAACCGUACUGUCUCCGACUGUUGCCCUGACUUCUGGGACUUCUGCCUGGGCAUUCCGCCCCCUUUCCCUCUCAUCCAAGGGUGUAUGUAUCAGGGACGUGUGUACCCAACCCUUGGGACCUACCAAGACAAUUGUAAUCGAUGCACCUGCAAGGCAGAUGGGCAGUGGGAGUGUGACCAGGAGCCCUGCCUGGUGAACCUGGACCUGAUCAACGCCAUCAACCACGGCAACUACGGGUGGACUGCUGGGAACCACAGUGCCUUCUGGGGGAUGACCCUUGAGGAGGGGAUCCAAUACCGCCUGGGCACAGUCCGGCCUGCCUCCUCUGUGAUGAACAUGAAUGAGAUACAAAUGGUCAUGGCCCCGCAAGAGACUCUUCCACUGGCCUUCAAUGCCUCCGACAAGUGGCCGGGCCUGAUCCACGAGCCCCUGGACCAGGGGAACUGCGCCGGUUCCUGGGCGUUCUCCACCGCAGCUGUGGCCUCGGACCGCAUCUCCAUCCACUCCAUGGGCCACAUGACCCCAGCCUUGUCCCCUCAGAACCUGCUGUCCUGCGACACCCACAAUCAGAAGGGGUGCCGGGGCGGGCGGCUCGACGGGGCCUGGUGGUUCCUGCGUCGCCGCGGGCUGGUGUCCAACCACUGCUACCCAUUCUCUGCCGGGAAUCGGGAUGUGACGGCUCCCGCGGCCCCCUGCAUGAUGCACAGUCGAAGCAUGGGCCGGGGCAAACGCCAGGCCACCGCCCACUGCCCCAACAGCCGGGCCCACGCUAACCACAUCUACCAGGCCACCCCUCCCUAUCGCCUCUCCUCCGACGAGAAGGACAUCAUGAAGGAGCUGAUGGAGAAUGGGCCUGUCCAAGCCCUCAUGGAAGUGCACGAAGAUUUCUUCUUAUACAAGAGUGGCAUCUAUAAGCACACGCCAGCCAGUCUGGGGAAGCCUGCGCGCUACCGUCAACAUGGAACUCAUUCUGUCAAAAUCACGGGGUGGGGAGAGGAAAGGCAGCCCGAUGGACAGAGACUGAAAUACUGGACAGCCGCCAACUCGUGGGGCCCCACUUGGGGAGAGAAGGGACACUUCCGCAUCCUCCGAGGGGCCAACGAGUGCGACAUCGAGAGCUUUGUGGUGGGAGUGUGGGGCAGGGUCGGCAUGGAAGACAUGAGCCCACACCACUGACCCCCUGCCCGGCCCAGCCUCGGCCUGCCUCGAGCCCACCCUUUGGGCCUUCUCCUAGGGGAGGACGUGGGCGUCCUCCAAGAAAUGGCCACCAGCCGUCACCCGCUGCCCAGACCGGAGCCACGGCCCAGCGGUGCUAAAGUUUGCUCGGGUCGGGGUUCAGCUCCCACAGACAGCAGAGCCCCCCAUCCUCGGAUCCCAUUCUGCUGAAACAGCAGUUCCCUCGGGGCCCCCCUACCCCCUGCCCUCCGCCCCAAAUCCUGCCUUUCAGCCUCAGUGAAGCGUGAGCUGCCCCUAAUCCCCGCCGGUUCCAGGGCCAUCCUGGCAGAGGGGAAUAUGCUGAUGUUGCGGUCCCAGGAGGAUGCCCGCCAGAGGGGACCGGAGCCCCCAGGACGCCCUCGGGCCCAGGGCUGUCAAAGGAGGCUGCAGCCUCCUCUCUCAGGUCCCCUCCCCCCACUCGGGCCCGGGGACCCUGCAGAGCCCGGGGACGCCCACCGAGGCGCCCCCUGAGGAUCCCCCGAGCACGGACGGACGCCCGGACGCCAUGCCGGCCAUCACGCAGCAGGAGAGGAGCCGGCGUUAGGCCCGAUGCCUUCCCCCCAUCCCCGGGCAGAUAGCGCUCUCCCUUGUCUCUUUACUGUACUUUCAGCCUUUAAGAAUAUUUAUUUUGCUUACUGCCAAUUGUAAAUAAACCUGAUUCACACA